UGAAACUGAAACUGCAGUAUUAGACAUUGGACAGAAUUUUGUUUGUCAGCUCUACAAAUGACCUGCGCUUGUUUCAGUGGACGUCGGUUUGGCAAUAUCGGUGGUCUUUUGUAAUCCUUGGUAUCCUGUUGUUUAAUAUUUUUAAGAAUGCGUCCUACCCGACGUCAGUCGCAUAAUCGUAAGAAGUGUCCCGAUUUAGAUAUAUCAACUAACACUAUCAUGAAUACUGAUCCCAACCAAUCUGGUUCAUCGGUGCCUGCUCAGUCACCAAUUCAAUUAAGAAAACGUGGCCGACCAAGUGACAGGAAGUUAGAAAAUUCAUCUAUUCAUGAUAAUCAAAAUUAUUUUAUUGAAAAAAAUUUUAAUUCAUCUACUGUAUAUUCAUCAUGUUUGGAUGAUUUAAAUUUACAUUAUCCUCAUCGUAAAUUACGUCCACGUAGAAUAACAUCAAAUUAUUAUCCACAAAGAAAAAAGCGAAAAAAAUAUUUAUUACGUGAAAUAACUAAAAAAUCAUCGUCAUCAUCAUCAUCUACUACUAAUAAUAAUAAAUCAUGUACACAUUCAAUAAAAAUUCAAGAAGAUCAUAAUAAUGCUAUGCUAGAAGAAGAUGAUGUUGAUGGUGAUGAUCGUGAUGACGAUGAUGAUGAUGGCGAAGAAGAAGAAGACGAAGAUGAUGAUGAACAACAAACAAGACGUUAUCCAGUACGUAAUCGUAAAAAUACUAUUGUUUAUCAGGUUGAAAAUUUGCAUAAUAAUAGUAAUAAUAACAAUCAUAGUGUUCAACAGCAUCAAAGAAACUGGCUAGCCGGUACAGGUUAUCAUAAAGAAAGACGAUCACGUCAAUUGAAAUCCAAGCAUCGUAAAAAUUUAGAACAUCGUGGUUCUAGUAGUAGUAGUAGUAGUAGUAGUACAUCGUCAUCAUCGUCAUCGUCAAGAUCACGUAUUUAUGAUAGAUCAUUCUAUAACCGUGAUACAAUUCGACAAACUUGGCAUAAUCGUUGGCAUUGUUCUUCUUCUAAAGAGAAUAAUAUUCCAUCAACAGUUGAUAAAGAUGAAAAACGUUUUCAACGUCGUAUUAAUAAAAGUAUUAUACAUGCUAGAUCGGAACUUAUGCCUAUAAACAGUCAUCAACUUGGUUAUGAAAAUAAAUCCACAGUAGGCAAUCGAAAUAUCUCUUCAACUUACUUGGCAGAUAUCGAACCAAUGUCUAUUGAUUCAUCUGUCGGGUUCGAACAAGUUGGGGGUCAUGAAAAGCAUAUAUUAGCAUUGAAAGAAAGUAUAAUUCUACCGCUAAUGUAUCCUGAAGUGUUUUCAAAAUUCAAUGUAGAUCCACCUCGUGGUGUGCUGUUUUCAGGACCUCCAGGUACUGGUAAAACACUGUUAGCCAGAGCUCUUGCAAAUGAAUGUAGUCGUUUAGCCCAAGGUAGCAAUAAUAGUACUACUACUACUACUACUACUACUACCAACGUUAAACAUUGUCGUCCUAUUGCGUUUUUUAUGCGUAAAGGAGCAGAUUGUUUAUCUAAAUGGGUUGGUGAAUCUGAACGUCAACUAAGAUUAUUAUUUGAUCAAGCAUAUCGAAUGCGUCCUUCUGUAAUUUUUUUCGAUGAAAUUGAUGGUUUAGCUCCUGUUCGCUCUUCAAAACAAGAUCAAAUUCACUCCAGCAUUGUUUCCACUCUUCUCAGUUUAAUGGAUGGUUUAGAUAAUCGUGCUGAAGUUGUAAUUAUUGGUGCAACAAAUAGACCAGAUGCUAUUGAUCCAGCCUUACGACGUCCUGGACGGUUUGAUCGUGAAUUUGUAUUUACAUUACCAACAGAAGUAGUUAGACGUCGUAUUCUCGAUGUGAUUACCGCGAAAUGGGAUCCAAAACCAGAUUCAUUAUUACUUGAUCAAAUUGCUGCAGUAACAAUCAAUUUCUCCGGUGCUGAUCUUAAAGCAUUAACUACAGAAGCAUGUUUAUGCUGUCUACGUCGAUGUUAUCCUCAAGUUUAUAGUAGUCAAGUGAAAUUAGCUUUGGAACAUAAAUAUUUAGUGGUCUCUCAUUCUGAUUGGUUUGAAGCAUUACAAAUAGUUCAUGCAUCAAGUGAACGUUUUGAUAAUGAUAUAUCCGCUUCAAAUUUAACACCAUCAACAAAUGCAUUAGCUGCUACAAUACGUACACCAUUAUCACCAAUAUUAGAUAAAUUAUUAUCACGUCAUGUGAAUAAAAUUGUAAAUUAUAUAACUCGGAUAUUAUUAUUGACAAAUUCUAAAAGAUUCGAUUCUUUGAGUAAUAAUAAUAAUAAAGAACCAUCCAUAUUAUCAUCAUCAUCAUCAUCACCCUCAGCAACCAACAUAUAUGAUAAUGUUUCAUCAUGUAUUAUUAAAUCGAAAUUAUUUAUUCAUGGUAAUAUAUCAGAGAUUAUUAUGAAUGCUGUAUGGCAUAAAUUAGAAGCAUUAAAUGUAUUCACAUUAAAUUUAGCUAAUCUAUAUGCAUUUCCUACAAGUAUUGGAAUAUGUCCAGAAGCAGCUAUUGCACAAAUUAUUACAUCUAUACGACGUAUAUUAAAUAAUUCUACUAUAAAAACAAAAACAUUUAAUAUGAAAUGUCAAUUUAUCAAUAAUAUUGUUAUUGUUUAUAUACCAUCAAUUGAUAUACUAUUUCAAAGUUUAUCACAAUUAACUAUUACUUAUCUUAUUGAUAGAUUAAAUGCAUUAAUAGAUGAAAUUAAUGGUGAAUUAAAUUAUAUUCCUUUAACAUUAAUCAAUUCUGAUCCUUUAGAAGGAUCUUUAAACAACAACAACAACAAUGAUAAUCGAUUACAUUAUGCUACUAUGAAAAAAUCACGUCGAUUAAUUCUUAUUGGAACAUGUACACAAUCACAACAACAAUAUUCAAAUUGUUUCCCUCCUAGAAUUGUUCCACCUAUUAAUAUGGAGAAAUGUAAUUCAUUUAUAAAACAGUGUAAUACUACUACUACUACUACUAAUAAUAAUAAUACGAAUACGAAUACAACACAUGAUCAUUGUGUAUCAAUAUUUCCUAAUUUAAUUGGAAAAUCAAAUGAUGUACAAUGUCGAGGAGUUACCAGUGAUAUAAAUCUCAUUGAUAAAUCUAUAUCAUCAUCACAUUCAUUGCAUUUAAGAUCUUCACCUCCUUCAAUUGUCCCCACUACAAUGCAUAAUAAUAAUAAUAAUAAUAAUAAUAAUAAUAAUAAUAAUAAUGGUACUACUACUUCUACUACUGUUGGAAUAAAUGAACACUUAAUGAAAUAUACAUAUGAUCAUAAUUUAAAUCGUAUUAACUUUCAAUUUACUAUUCAAUUACCAGAAUGUCAUAAAUCAUCUAUAAUCAAUACAGAUAAUCAUAAUAAUAAAGGGAAUACUACUAAUAUUCAUAAUCCCAUUAAUCCUCAUAGUAAUAAGGGGGAUACUAUUCAUGAUUCCAAUUAUCCUCCUAAUAAUAAAGGGAAUACUAUUUAUAAUACUACUCAUAUUUAUGAUCCUAAUAAUUCUUAUCAUUCUAUAUUAGAUUACACAGAUAUAGAUAAUGAUUCAUUAUUAUGUAAUCCAUUACAUAUAAAUCAUAUAUUAUAUAAAAUAUUUAAUCAUAAUCAUACAGAAUUUAUUCAUUUAGAAUUACCUAAUAAAGAGGAUAGAUUAUUAUUUUUUACAUCAGUUAUAAUUAAAUGGCCACAAUUAACAUUAAUCGAAUUAUUAGAUAUACGUAAUAAUAAAUCUAUGCAACAAUUAUCUGAUAUACAAAUACCUAGUCCACAACCAGCUGUUGAAAAAGAUGAUGAUGAAGUUUCAGGAAAGUGCAAAAAAGAUAAUUAUCCAGUAAAUCUUUCCCCUGAAGAAUUAGCUAUUAUUGAAUCUAGGGAAAUGCAAUUAUUUCGUCGUCUUCGACAAAUUCUACGUAGAGUUGUUGCACAUUUAGCAAGUUUUCGUCGUUUUGCCGUAUUCACUAGACCAGUUCAAUUAGAUGAAGCACCAGAUUAUUAUGAUGUUAUUAAACAACCAAUUGAUUUAGGUCUUAUACGUGAUAAAAUUGAUUCACAUCAAUAUACGAAUGUAACUGAUUUCAUGAAGGAUAUAGAAUUAGUCUAUCAAAAUGCAUUGGAAUAUAAUCCACCAAAUAUACCACGAAGUCGAGAUAUUCGUUCUAGAGCAUCGGAAUUUUGGGAUGAAGCAUGUUUACGAAUGGAAGAAGAAUUACAACCUGUUGAUUUGAAUGAAUUAUGUGAAGAGGCAAAUCAGGCACGUGCGGCACGUUUGUCUCAUGCUCAACUAACUAAAAACCCUUCGACCUCGAUGAGUCAUUCAAAAAUCAAAGGAUCAGAGCAUCAACACCUCAAGGGGACGGAUCGAACAUCUCAACAUAAGCCAUCAUUACCUCUUCCACAAGGUAAUCGUUAUAGUCGGAGGUUGCAUGGUGAAUCACCUAUUCUGGAACUCAGUGACAUUCGUCAAUUACAGUCAUCUAACAGGCGUCGUCGUACAAUUUCUCCUAAUUCUUCUUUAAAAAGUCCAUCAAAGUUACAAUCAAGUGAAAUAGACUGUGAUGUUGAUGUAUGGUCAUCUCCUGGACCUACUUUAAUAAAAUCAUUUGAAGAAAAUGAAUAUGAUUCAUAUCAAUUAACAUUGAAUGGACAAUCAUCAGAUAUAUUUAAAUCAUCACCUUCAGAAGAUUCAUGUAAUCGACUACGUUCCAGUCCAAAAUGUCAUGAUUUACAAUCAUUUAAUCAAACACCAUCACCUACUCUUAAUAUUAGUGUGAAUACUCCUCCUCCUCCUCCUCCUCCUGCUACUACUACUACUACUACUUUAACUAGUACUACAACUACUACUACUAAUAAUAAUAAUCCUAAUUGUACAUCAAUUCAAGUAGAUUUAAAAAAAUUAAAUCAUUUUCUUAAUGAAAUAGUUUUACAAACUGAUGGUUGGCCAACAUCACAAUUAAUUAAUUUACAUACGGAUUUUUCUAAUUUAAUAUUUUGUAAAUAUGCACAUGUUACUAAUAGAAUGUCAUUGUCAGAUGAUUUUGAGAAGAUAUUUGCAAUUCAUCAAAAUGCACAUUUUUAACUAUACAUUACCAUAUUUAGGUGUUUUGUUUUUUCAAUUUUAUUAUUAUUAGUAUUAUUCUUAUUGUGUUUAUGUUUGUAAACCUCAGGUGGGUUUUGGUUAUUCUCUGUAUUUCUAUUUAUAUAAUGGUAUGUCUAUAGGAUAGAUAUGAUUGGUAUAUCAUGAUGAAUUAGGUAACAUUGGCAGCUUUACAUUCUUAAUGUUUCCUUAUCAUCAUCAUCAAUCACCAUUUCACUUUCUUUUAUGGUUUGUAUACUUGUUGUUCUGUUUUGUGUUUGUUUUGCUAAUAAGAGUUUUUUCUUCUUCUAAAUAGAUAUAAAAUUGAUUAAUGAUUAUUGUGUAUUGCUUGUUUAUUCUAUUUGCCAUUCAAUUAAUAAUGUGUAAUAAAUAUCUAUAUAUAGUUUAUAAGUUCAUUAUAUAUUUAUAUUUAUUUCCUAUUUAAUAAUAAUGAUUAGGUAUUACUAUUACUAUUAUGAAUUUUAUUAGUGUUUUGUUUUUCUCAUGUUAUAAUACAAAAUGAGAAGAGAAAAACUGAUCCCCUGAACUCUCUCUCUCUCACACACACACACAUAUAUAUAUAUAUACCCAUAGGAACUAAAUUUUCUAAGAAAGUAUAUUGCAUUUUUCUUUAUGUUUUCUGUAACACAAAUUACUACUCAAUUCCUCCCCCCCUCCUCCUCUUCUUCUUCUAGGUUUAUUUCUUCUUUUUUUUCUUCUCUUCUUUUAAAUCAAUCCACCCCCCUCCAUCCUUUUCCAAAGUAUGUCUAUCUUAUUCUUUGUUACUAUGCAUCAAAUAUUAUUAAUCAGUUAAAAAAUUAUUAUAAUCUUGAUUGUAUUUGUUUUAUUGCCAACUUUUUUUUUCUAGAGCAUUUCACUAAUCAUAAAACACCCCUCCCCACACAUACACACACAUACAUUAUAUAAUGUAAAACAUCCCCCCCCAAAACUCCACCACCACUUAUAUUCCAUCCUAGUAAUAAUAUUGAAUUUUUAUCUUUCUGUUUUCCUUUUGUACCCUUUAUUUACUUCUAUUUAUGUUUAUGUAUUAUAGGCAAUUUGUAUUUUUUUUGUUAAAUGAUUCAUAAUUGACUAUGUGAAUGUGUUUAGCUUUUCUUAAUUGUUUUUGCUAUAACAGUUUAUUAAAUAAAUAAACAAUUAGCCGGUUUAUUAGUAAAUUUUUUCAAUAAUUAAAUAGGUAUUAUUCAAUUUCUAGGUGAAUUUUUUUUUCUAUCACCUAGUUACAUAUUGAUUAUGUCAUGAUUGUUGUUCCAUUUUUUUUUGGUAUACUAUGCUAUUGUUGUUAUACCAGGACUAGGAGUAAUAAUAAUAAUAAUAAUAAUGAUUAUUAUUAUUAUUGUUUCCAUGACUUUGUAAUUGUGAAUAAAUAUGAAAAUUUAAAAAAAAAAUGAUAAUAAAUUUUUGUAAGUUAUAAAUAUAUAAAUUUUGUGCAUAUUGUUUUAUAUCCCGGUUUGUUUCCCUUUUUGGUCAAUGGGAAAAAAAUUGUUUAUUAGAGAUAGCUAGUUGUUUUCUUGAUCGAAUAGAAUAGGUUUUUAUGUAUUGACCAAAUCUGUCGCUAAUUUGUUAUUACUUACUUACUUACGCCUGAUACCCCUCGUCGAGGAGCAUAGGC